GUUACACAGCUGCUAUAAGCAUGGAGCAAAGAGCGGCCAUGGCCGAGAGUUACCAUCCUCAUGCCCCGAGACCAAUGCCAGCUGAAGCGCCCCCUACAGCUCAGAUGGCAGCGUUGAGCGUGGGCGGGGCCCAGGGUGCUGAGGGAGGGGAGUCAGUGGCCGCGGCAGACAGACAGAGCUCCGCUACGCUGAACAAAAAGCAGCCAGACCCAUUGAUAAGAGAGGCAAGAAAGGAAAGCCAGUGGAGGUCUUGACCAACUGUUUCCGCAUGAAGGCUGCUGAUCAGUGGCUUCUGCACCAGUACAGCGUGGACUUCAGCCCCGUUGUGGACAACCCUAGGGCACGUCAUGCCCUGCUACGGGCUCACUCUGAGAUCCUAGGCACCUCCAUGGCCUUUGAUGGGAUGAUGUUGUUCCUGCUCCGAAGGCUUGAUGAGCCGGUGACCAGGUUUCAAACCAAACGCCGUGACUCUGAUGACAUCAUCACCAUUACUGUGACUCUCAAGAAUGCGCUGCCUCCUACCUCACCAACCUGCAUGCAGGUUUACAACAUCAUCUUCCGCAAGAUUCUUGGAUUGGUUGGCUUUGAGCAGAUUGGCCGGAACUAUUUCAACCCCAACGCCAAAAGGGAAAUCCAGCAACACAAGAUCCAGCUCCUGCCUGGUUUCAUCACCUCCAUCUUGCAGUAUGAGCAGGAGGUCCUCCUGAUGGCGGACGUCUCUCACAAGAUCCUGAGGACGGAGACAGUCUUGGACAUGCUGGCUGAGAUUGAGCAGACCAAGGGAGCAGGCUGGAGGGAUGUGGCCAAGAGAGUACUGGCAGGAGAAAUUGUCCUGACCAAGUACAACAACAAGACCUACCGAGUGGACGACAUCGACUUUAAUAUCGAUCCCAUGAACACAUUCGACAAGUUGGACGGCACUAAAAUAACCUACGCCCAGUACUACCGGGACGCGUACGGGCUAAAUAUCAGUGAUCUAGGACAGCCACUGCUGGUCAGCAAUCCAAAGAAAAGGGAUCAGCGCCGGGGAAUGAUUGAUCACAUCCACCUGAUCCCUGAGCUGUGUACCCUGACGGGGCUCAGCGAAGCUAUGCGCAGUGAUUUCCACGUCAUGAAGGACCUGUCUGUGUACACACGCAUCACGCCCAACGUCCGCAUGAAAGAGCUGACCAACUUCAUCGGCAGCUUUCCCAGGAAUCAAGAGGCGAGUACUUACCUGCAAAAGUGGCAGGUGAGCUUUGAAGCUCAGCCAGUCAGGAUCAACGCUCGCAUCAUGGAUCGGGAGAAAAUCCUCACCGGUCACCAGGGAAAGAAUGAGAUUUCCUUGGGUGAGAAUGCAGAGUGGAGCAGAGAUCUGCGGAAGGAUCUGCUGAGCUGUAUUGGUCUGCACAACUGGCUGCUGAUCUACACAGCGCGUGAUAGCAAGAACGCCAUGGAAUUCCUGAACGCCUUCAACACCGUGGCGCCACGUUUGGGAAUGGAAACCAGACCACCCUUAAUAUGUGAGUUACGUGAAGACCGAACCGAAAGCUUCAUUCGUGCUAUCCGACAGAACUUGAGUCCCCAGACACAGAUGGUUGUGUGUAUCCUACCAACUAUUCGUAAGGAUCGCUACGACGCCAUCAAGAAGUUCUGCUGUCUAGAGGCGCCGGUACCCAGCCAGUGCAUUGUGGGUCGCACUAUCAACAAGAAACAGACCGUCAUGUCUGUAGCUACCAAGAUUGCUAUGCAAAUUAACUGCAAGAUGGGCGGAGAGCUGUGGACAGUUUUAAUUCCAUCCAAAAUGUUAAUGAUGGUGGUUGGAAUCGACUCUUAUCAUGACUCCGCCACUAGAGGGCGCUCUGUCGGUGGCUUUGUCGCUUCCAUGAAUCAUGACCUUAGUAGGUACUUUUCACGAUGUACAUUCCAGCACACAGGACAGGAGCUCAUUGAUGGUCUCAAAGUCUGCAUGACAAGUGCAUUGAGGAAGUUUAAAGAAAUCAACGGUAAGUUGCCCGAGAGAGUCAUCAUCUAUCGCGAUGGCGUCGGUGAUGGGCAACUGCCGGCUGUGGUGGAGUAUGAACUACCGCAAGUGAUUGAUACCUUCAGGAUGAUAGGAACAGACUAUAGCCCUAAGUGCGCUGUGGUCGUCGUUAAGAAGCGAAUCAACAAUAGAUUUUGCUCCUUGAACCAAGGAAAUCUCGUCAACCCAUCCCCAGGAACGGUGAUCGACUCGGUGGUCACCAAACCAGACUUAUACGACUUCUUCCUUGUCAGUCAGUCUGUACGCCAGGGCACGGUCACUCCAACCAGUUACAAUGUGAUCUGGGACAACUCGGGUCUGGCACCAGACAGCAUGCAAAGCCUGACCUACAAGCUCACCCAUCUGUACUUCAAUUGGCCGGGAACCAUUCGUGUACCAGCCCCCUGCCUCUACGCUCACAAGCUGUCUUUCCUUGUUGGCCAAAGCCUCCACAAAGAGCCGCGGAUUGAGUUGGCUGACCGGCUGUUCUUCCUAUAGACAGACCAGGGGUGAUACACGAACAGUACCAAAUUUUGGUAAUUCCAUUUUAGCCUAAACAAAAUGACUAUGCAAAGAUUUAAAGUUAAUGUGAAUGCCGAUGCAAAACCGUGAUGAAUAAUUAUUUACGUCUCUUUUAGUUUAUCAUCGGGGACAAAAACGUGGCAUAUACCUCAAGAUGAGGUUUUUGAGGUCACAAGAAUUUGGGUCAAUCCAUGUGUUGGAUGGUCAGCAUCUCAGAUU